AUGGGUUGUUUUCUUUUGGUACGUCUCUCUAUAAUACGAGACCCAUCAACGAAUUUCUCGGAUCUGAUGGGUAAUGGAGGCUGCUUUGUCUUAUCAGUAGCGCAUUCAAAAAGAAUUUGUCUGCAGUUUGCACUCAUUGAAAAUCUCUCAAGAUCAUUUGAGCUGGGUAGACUCGUCUCGUGA